CAACUUAACUUGGUAAAGACUCAACUUGAUCAUGAUGUCAAAGGAUGGAAUGAACUCUAUAGUAAGAAAGAGGGACAGAGUCAUUGUAAAGUAAUGAUUUCAUCACUAGGGAGUGAACCUAAUGAUCUGUGGCACUAGAACCCGGGGUUACUUGCCCACUAGUAUAGGGGUCUAGCUUAUAUUCCGAAACAUAAACUUUUCUACACUCAAGUAAUCCAACCGCUAUAAAGUGGAAAAAAAGAUAUGCUUGCUUGUUGUAAUUGUAGAGGCUCGCCUUCAGUUUAAGGCAGGUACCUGUAUAUAAGGAAGGAGUGGACUCCCCCCAAGGGAGACUAAAACUCUUUAAUUGCUGAAUAUCUUACCCAUUUUUGCAUUCUCCGUUUACAUCGUUGUUGAAAAACUCUAACCAGGAGAGCAACCCAAUGGCGGCGCAGUCAAGUGAUGGAUCAAGAAAAUCGGAUCAAGCAGAACAACCUGCAGGUACAUGUUGCAUGUUCCAACCGAGAAAAAAAUAGAUAAAAGUGAUGCCGUCUUAAAACAUGCUGGAACUUUUAUUUUAUCAUGGUUCUUUGUCUUUGCUUUAUCAUCGAAUAGACAUAACCCUGACCUUGGCUAGGAAAAAGAGAAAAGAUAAAAAUAAUCAGUAUGUGAAGGAUUUUGUGCUCACUCUUUCUCCUACAUAUAUUGAAGAUGUUUGUGUAAGCGUUGGAUUAGCCCCUUCUGAAUCCGGAGGUGCUCCAGGUGCGUUAUCCCUCAAAAGAGUAAUUUCAGAGUGAAAUUACUAUCAGGGACGGAUCUUCAUGAAAUUGUUCUUUUCUGGGACACUUCUCAAUGUCUGCAAGGAAAACGUAUUAACAAAAUGGCCUGAAAAGUUUUCAUCUAUUGCAGAAAUAUCGAAUGAGGAAGUGGACGGAUGCUAUUACCGACCAUUGUUGCGAGCUGCAUUCAAGGGUGAUUGGGAAUCUGCUAAAAGAUUUUUGGAAAUAGAUCCUGCUUCAAAGACGGCCAAAAUAACAAGCAGAUCAGAGACAGUGCUUCAUAUAGCCGCGUUGAAUGCACAAGACCAAUUUGUUGAGAACCUGAUUGAGGUCUUGUUUCAAUAUCCGGAAGCGCUUGAAAUGGUUGAUUGUGAUGGCCGCACAGCCCUCCACAUUGCUGUCCUGUGUGGAAGGAUAAGGCUUGUCAAGGCAUUAGUUAGAAGUAAUCCUAAGUUGACGCAACUUCCAGAUAAUGAAGGACGUCUUCCUUUGGACAUAUCUGCUCGGGAAGCUUGCAUGCAUAAGGAGAUUGCCUGGUUCCUGGCGAAAUAUACAACAGACGAUGGGCCAAGUCAUCCCUUCAGCAGUCCCUAUGCGAUCCGGACCAUUAUAGGUCUCGCCUUCGCUGGUCAUUAUGAUAUCAUCCUUCAUCUAGUUCAGCGGUACCCUCACUUUCUUACCAUGAAAGGCGGAAGCUAUGGAGAUUUAUCCAUAAUGGGCAUGUUGGCAAGGAACGAGUCUCACUUUCCAAGCGGAACCAGGCUGACUAUCUUGGAAGCAUUGAUAUAUACAUGUACUUCGGUGGACUUGAACUACAAACCAAUCGAUGAAAGUUCAGAGGAUCCGCCGCUUCAAUGUCUUAGAAGGUCACUUUGGAAUGCUGCCAAAAUUGUAGUUCCUACAAUCAAGAGGAUUCAUGAGGUGAAGUUGAGACAUGUGGCGUCGGUUGAGUUGGCAAAACAAGUUUGCAUUGCAAUCUCUCAUAUGACAACUCCGGAAAUUACCAAAUUUUUCGAAGAGGAGGAACUGCUUGCUCGAGCUAUAUCCAGGGGAAUCCCUGAACUUGUGAAGCUAUGGAUUGAGUUUUUCCCGGAACUUAUGCAGCUUCGGGCUGAUGGUGAAACGUUGAGGACAAUUGCUGUGGAGUAUCGCCAAGAAAGCAUCCUGAGACUCUUUCUGAAGGGAAGCUCAACCAAUGAGUUGUCAUUCAUUCCAGCGCCCACACCGAGUGAAUCAUGGAUGAUUAUGGUCGCAGCCACAAAGUACAAACCUAAUUUGGGUGGUGUAAAUAAAGUCUCCGGAGCAGCUUUUAAAAUGCAAAAAGAACUCCAAUGGUUUAAGGCUAUGGAAAUGUGUAUUAUGCCUGACGUGAGAACCGCCAUUAAUAAUGGGAAAACAUGUUGGGAAUUAUUCAUGGAGAAGCACGAACAGUUGCUCAAGGAUGGAGAGAAGUGGGUGAAGGAGACAGCAAAUUCAUGUAUGCUCGUCUCAACUCUAAUUGCCACAGUAUUGUUCGCUGCUGCUUUCACUGUGCCUGGAGGGAAUAACGGAAAUACUGGAGUUCCAUUGUUGUUAGGAGAGGACUCUCUUCUGGUUUUCGCAAUUUCGGAUGCGUUAGGUUUGUUCUCCUCCGUGAUGGCCAUCAUGUUAUUCCUAGCCAUCUUAACUUCGCAUUAUGAGUGGGAAGAUUUUCUUCACUCGUUGCCUAAGAAGAUCAUAAUGGGGCUUUCUUUUCUCAUUCUCUCCUUGGCUUUCAUGCUGGUGGCCUUUGCUGCAACUCUCACAAUUGUGCUGGACAAGAGACUGGAAUGGGUUUUCAUUCCCAUAACUUUGUUGGCCUCUCUGACCGUGUUUUUAUUCUUAGGACUACAGCUUCCCCUGCUAUUCCGAAUGGUUAAAUCCACUUAUGGGCCUAGCAUUUUUCGUCCCACUGGGCAUUCAGAAGUGAGGCAUAAUAAUUGA